ACGUCACAUCCCGUUUCGUCAUCCGGAACGUCGCUUUCGUUUCAGCCAGCACAAUGUUCCUGGCUUUGUUUACUAAAAAAUAGCUAAGUAACUCAAAAUGCCCCGGUAUUGUGCAGUGAAACUCUGCAAAAACCGUGGAGGGGUACUUUCAAAAGACAACAAAAGGAUUAGCUUUUAUCCGUUCCCGUUACGAGAUCAGGUCAGGCUUCAGAAAUGGGUUGAUAACAUGAAACGCCAGGAGUGGACACCCAGUCGGCACCAGUACUUGUGUAGUGAACAUUUCACAGAAGACUCUUUUGAUCUUCGCUGGGGAAUUCGGUACCUCAAGCACACAGCAAUUCCGACAAUCUUCCCCUAUAUAUGUGAUGAUGAAAACAAUAGAAUCCAGAACAAGAAGAACUCCAGGGUCAAAGGGAGAACAUGCGACACAAACGUCCAGCUCAUCAGAUCCUUGUCCCCGCCAAAGAAGAAACCUCUCAUCCUCAAAGACAACGACUUCCACAUCAUCAACAACAACAACAGCAGCAACACCGAUGACGAUGACAGCAGCGGCAUCAUCACCGGCCAGACGACAGAAGUUAGCGAGGCAGACGGCCAAGUCUUCUCCGUCCUCCUUGUGGGACACCUGAAGCUGGAGACGACUCUUCGUCCAGAGGAGGAGGGUAAGUUGCCAGUCGGGCCCCACCUCACACAGACUGGUGUCCCCUCACCUGUGCGUGUGUCCGUCUGCGAGCACCCAGGUGGGCUGCCGGCGGACCCAGGUGACGCCCAGGUGAAGAGCGAGACGGAGGAGCCCUUCUGUGUUCGCUCAGCCGUGACCGCACUGUUGCCCUGCGAUCCGGUCACUCCCUUCCCAGACUCCACUUCCGGAGCUGCCGACCAGGGGACGGCCCAUUUGUUACAAACUGGACUCAAUCAGAGCAUCACAAUCGGCCCAAUUAUGUGUUUAAAGGCGGAGGACGAGCAAGAAGGAGCCGGAGUAAUAGUUUUCUCAGACGCACACAGAGGGGCAGAGGGCGAGGCAGGACCGGACAAGGACGAGGCGGCGGACGCACAGACGGAGGGUGAGGGGGAGGGCGAGCACGCCUGCCUGUGCGAACACUCGUACUCGCGGCAGGACCUGGACCAGGAGCAGCUGUGGGGCCGCAUCGCCGCGCUCCACGCCAAGAUCACCGAGCUGGACCAGCGCGAGGAGGAGACGCUGGCCAAGAUCCAGGCGGCCGAGGACAAGGCGGCCCAGCUCAGGAAACAGAACGUUGUGUGCGAGGAGAAACAGAAGGCAUUGGAGGAGUACUUCACUGCCUUCCUGCGGUAGUCCGCUGUCAUUUUUUGUUUUGUUUUGUCUUGUGCAGAGUUCAGAGUUUGAAUGUGAUUUUUUUUAAUGUGAUCUUUUAUCUUGCUGGCUCAACUGUCACCAGCUCCCUUGGGCUAUAGCUUUGAUACGAUUAGCCGUUUACAGACAACAUGCACUUACAGUCCAGUUUCAGAGGUAUCUAUGGGCAUCUAAUCAUCCUGUUCUGUUACUGAGGUUGAAAACAAUUUCUCCACAUUGACAUAGAACGGAAACAUAGCACAGAGCAGACAAUAUAAGAUAUUGUCUAUUUAUAGAAAUAAAUCUAACACAUUUUGUAAUGCAAAAUACCAAAAAUGCACUGUAUUUGCAGCCGAGGCAGACCAAUUAUUUAUUUACUAUUGCUAUUUAUUUUGCAUAGUUAAAGACAGUUUAGAAUGUUUUCUACUGCAGCUACUUCUAGCAAUUACGUUACUUCAUAAUGAGGUCUGGCAAUGUGAACGAGACAUGCAGAGCAUUUUCCCCCCAUCAGAACAAAAGAGAGAAAAUAUUCAUUUCUGUUUGUGAAGUACUGUUUACAGUUAGAUAGAAGCACCCUCAGUUCAGAUUCAUUCAGGUAUUAAACAACACUAAAUUUAUGGGAAAAUGCAAGAAUCCAUCUCUACCUUUUUAUUUUAGUAUAUGAUGAUGGUAGUAUCAGAAAGCACAGAGGCACUCUGACAGAAAUAGAAUGUCAUGGUGGCAUACUUUGUGCCUUCUUUUUUUUCAUUUGUGGGAAAAAUGACAUGAAUAAAAAUAACCCUUUAUGGCCUCUCUUGCUAGAGGACUAAACGUAAUAGUUUAAGACAAUCUUUCUGUCCUACACUAAAUAACACAAGCCUUAAUUGUCCAAUGGGUGGUCAUUCUAUGAGAAUGCAUAAACCUUUAACUUAAAUAGGAAACCAUGAUGUGUAUAGCUGAAAGUUGCUUUCUGAUUUUUUUUUAUUUUUUUUUAAUUCCUGAAUCCCUUGAAAUGUUCCUUAAAGUGGCCUAACCACACUGACCAACAAUGACAAUCUAAUUCACUCGGUCACUCUAAGUGAAUGUAUUUCUCAAUCAGACUCAAAAUCUCAAAGGCCCAAAUGAGCUAAACACAUAUUGUGCAAGUGAAUAAUCAGCUUUUGCCACAAACAAUUGCAAUCAGUGCUUUAUUAGCAUUUUUUUCUUUUGGGUUUUAUUUUAUAUCAGUGUAGAAAAUCCAUGUUAAAAGCAUUUGGCACUUCCGAGCAUAGUGUUUUGUGGUACUGUAAAAUGUUUUCUUCUUCCUUGUGACAGCCUAUCCGGCUGGCCAUGCCGUCCGACAAAACUCUGCUCUUACCCAUGUGUUGUCAUUUUAGCCAUGUCAUAUUUUAAGAAAAAAAAAAGGAUAAUAAAUCUGAUAUAUUUUGAUACA